GAAGCCACACAAGUUUAACAGCACGUAGAAACAUAUAAACAAUUAUAAUGGCGUUUAAACUGAUUUUUCAACUUUGUGUGUCCGUUUUUGUCCUCAAGGCAGUUCUAUCACAAUGCAUCCCCUCACUAGGAACAAAAAAUCCAUCUAAUCUAUGGGCUUCUGCACCAUUCGCGGGAAAUCGAGGUGUUCCCAUGGUUGUACCAUCAGCACCAAUAGAAGUUUCCAUAUCCUCUGACAACCUGAUAAUAGAUGGAUACAUUGACGUCACAGGAACCAUGCCGUUUUAUAGUGCGGUAGUAGUAGAGGGUACUGUCCCAAAUGCUGGAGGAGCGUCAGCGUUUUAUGAAUGCGGUAACGGUAAUAUUGGCAUUGAACCAGGUACUGGUAUGGGUGCGGGAUACAAACCCACGUUAGGUUUUAAUGAAUUGGGAUGUGGACGUGUUUGA